GAGUGCUGCUAUCAAUACUGGAGAGAAUCAGAUACAAUUAGCUUUGGAGAAUAUUUUGUGAAAUGUUUAUUAAGCAAAGACUGCAAUGGAUAUAUUGAGAGAAAGUUGCACAUCAGAUCAGACAAAAAUGAUAGUUCUUCAUGGGAUGUGGUGCAGUUUCAAGUGACUAACUGGCCUACAGAUGGUGUCAUUAGGGAACCACGUACUGUCCUACAAGUUAUUGAUGAUGUUAUACACAGACAACAAAAGAUUGGAGGAGGACCAGUAGUGGUACAUUGUAGUGAUACAGUGAGUCGUUCAGGAGUCUAUUGUUCAGUGAGUAUUGCUCUAGAACAGUGUAAGGCAGAAGGUGUAGUGGAUGUAUUUCAAGUAACUAAAUCUGUCAGGAGAAGCAAACCAGGAGCUGUCACUACACUGGAUCAAUAUGGUAGGACUCCACUUCAUAUUGCUUUGUGGCAUGCUUUAUCAUCAGUUGUUGAGUAUAUUGUUAGUAUUCAAGGUAAUGAAGCAUUAUUAGUUACUAUCACACGUGAUCCUAAUAUCACUGGUAAUGAUGGUAUGACAUGUCUUCAUAUUUCAUGUCAUAAUGGUCAUAUUGAUGUCACUCAAUAUCUGAUUGAGGUACAGCAUUGUGAUAUUAAUAAAACAGAUAAAGUGGGACACACUUCAGUACCUACUGCAGUUGAUAAGAAUGGCCACACUGUUUUACAUUAUGCCUCUCUGUCUCUUAACUUAUCACUUGCUAUGGAAUUAAUAACUACUUAUCAGUUAGACCCUCAUCAAGCUGACAGUAAUGGUAAGCUACCAAUUCAUUAUGCUGCUGAAUCUGGUGAUAUUUUACUACUGGAAUCAUACAAAAAGGACUAUGAUAAGUGUAGUUUGAUCCUAACAGAUAAAAAUCGUUGGAAUAUAUUUUAUUAUGUAUCAUUUGAAGGUCAUACUCAUUUUAUUAAGCAUAUCAUCAGUCAGUAUCCUGAAUACAUUGGUUUACUACAAUCUAUUAAUACAAAGGGACAAGUACCAUUGCAUUAUGCUUGUAACUUAAGAGUGGUAAUAUUCAAUUGGUGA